CCGUAGCCGAGCCAAGCUAAUAUUUUCGUGUUUGUUUCAUAUGAACCAAAGGUAGCAUAUUCUAUGGUAGCAUUAGCAUGAAUUUCUUUCUCUGUGGGUAGCAUCUGGAUGCGGUAGUGAUGUCUUUUAUUGUGGUUUAUUGAAAGCAGUAAUGCAAUAAUUAGGCAAAUGUGGAAGUAGCGGCGGAGCCUUCUAAUUGGUUCCUAUUCUGUGCAAGAACUUUUCAUUGGAAUCACGGCGUUUGCAUGUUUGAGUGAGCCUACUUGUUUUGACUGUAAGUAGGCAGCCAGGUUCAAAGUAAAGAUGACUGACGACGUAUCAGAUGAUUCUAGCGACUUGGACGCUGGCGUUCCAGCGCACACAAUUAAAUAUUUUCCUCGUAGUGGUCGUCAGAAAGGACCAAGUAAUUUGGCCCUCAAACGGGCCAACCUUAUGUUUACAAUGGAAAAUGAACGCUACCGCACCAAAUGCCGUAAGCUUGAGCGCUUUAUGAAGGAUUUAGUCAUAGAGAGCGCCGCCCUCUGCGACCAAGUGGCGCGCGUGCAAGAGUCAAUCUUUGUGGCCAAAGAAGAGCGACGUUUCCUCCUGAAGAAGUUCCUCCAGUACCGCCAGCAACGUGAUGGACCCGUUGAAACAGUGCGGCCAGCACCCGUCAGUGCUCCAGCGCAGGCAGGUAGUUCGACACCGCCGACCACACCAACACUUGGCGGUGUUUCGGACAGCACCGACAAGGCGCAGGCAAAGGCUUCAAAAAAGGUCCUUAAGCGACGCAACACUAAGGAGGGGCUCACCGAGGAAGCACCGCGACCUAAACGGAGAAAGCCAGCAGGAGCAGACAAGCGACUAGUAGCACCUAUUCCACUGGACUCAUGCGGUCGACCCUUGUUUCCUAUUGUGUUGCCUGGUUGCAAAGUGCAUAGCCUUGGGGAGAUUGUCACUGACCGAGCUGGAUUCCACUGCCAGGAGAGCCUGUACCCUGUUGGCUACUGCAGCUCCCGCAUUUACGCAAGCAUUCUUAAUGCCAAUCAUGCCUGCAUCUACACAUGCACCAUUCUGGAUGCUGGCACUGGACCUCGGUUUGAAAUUGUUGCGGAGGAUGCACCUGAACGACCUUUUGUGGGCAGCAGUCCGGAUGAAUGCUAUGUUGCCCUUUUGAGAGCAGUCAAUCGAGCGUGCGGGGCGGAAGUCAUUGUGCCUGCGGCUCGAGGUGCAGAUUUUUUCGCUUUGCCUCAUCCAACUAUUCAGAACCUGGUCCAGAGCUGCCCUGGCGCACGCAAGUGCCCCAAUUACAGAUGGGUGCGCUUUGAGGUAUCACGCAGUGCAACUGAUGAAACUGAGCGGCUGGACAGUGACCCCUACUUGAGCUAUGCAGCCUUUCGACAGCUGUGCCUUCAGCCACGACUAGCUGCCAUAGCUGCAGCAUCUGAGCCUAGCCUGCCUGGAGGUGUGACCAUCAAACAGGAGCCACUAGACACUGUGUAGGCACGUCAAAAACACAUACCAUCAAGAUGAUUUGAGCUCGUCCGUUGCUCUGUGCUUGUUGCAAACAACACCAGAUUGCACAAGGCGCUUGUUGAAGAGCAAAGUUGUGAACAUAAACUUUUUUGUUUUGUUGUUGUGUCGCCAGCCGUCUAUUUAAAAGGUGGCUUCCUUUGUGGGGUGAGUGAACGCUUCAAGUCAUGUUGAAAAGAAAAGAAAGCGUGGUGAUUCGGAGUGGUUAGCUUCUUCAAGUGAGAGCGAUGUUGUGACACAGUGUGUUGUGUCGAAGCAUGUAAAUAAUGAAAACCAAAAUGUGCUGUGAAACCCACCUGUGCACAAUGAAGCCUAUCUUCAUUAAAGUGUAAAAAGUAUUUUUUUCUAAUAAACUUUUAUUUCUGACGCAAA